AAAUCAAAGGCGGCGAGAGCGUCGAUGCGAAAAAAAUAGAGAAGGAUUACUCGAGCGCAGCGCGUCGCGUGUACGAAAGGGAAAGCCCGCCGAACCACCGUUGCAGUCCGCCAAGUGUCACGGUGCGCGAAACGCACGUUGGUCUGCGAGACAGAAAUCGGAGUAGUCAUUCUGUGGACCGGCACCGCGGACUGAACAACUCUUCUUCAUCCUCUCACGUGGACUUGUCGCUUGAACCGGGGCGCUUUAGCGUAUCGACCAGCAGCAGCAGCCAUGCCGUACAUGUUGGAGAACGACGUAUUUGGAGAAGAGAAGAACUGGGCCCUGGUAACGCCGGAACAGAUCCGCGAGCUGCGCCAGCACUUCCUCGACACCUGGAACGAGGAGGACGAUGUGUACUACGACGAAGAUGUCAAGAAGAUAAAGGAGAGCGAUGAUUUCUGUCGGAAGAUAAUCGCCCACGUGCGGCUCGACAUGGAGUUGGCCCACAAGGUCGCCUCGUACCAUCUUCGCUGGAGACGCUAUGUCAAGAUUCGAGAUAUCAAGGAGGAGUCCAUACCUAAGGAAUAUUUUGAGCAAAACGCAAUCUACCCAUACGGCAAGGACAAGCUUGGAUGCCACGUGUUGGUGCUCCGGUGCAAAAACUACACCAAGGGCCAAGCCGACGUGCUUGAGGUGAAGCGGGUGUUCCUGUUCUUCCUGGAAAAGUUGUACAAUGAAUAUGGCGCCAAGAAGGUCACCAUGGUGUUCGACUGCAGCGGAGCCGGCCUAAGCAACAUGGAUAUAGACUUCACCAAGUUUAUCUUCAACGUAUUCCUCAAGAGGUACCCGCUGGGCCUUGGCUACGUCCUCGUCUACGACAUGCCCUGGUUGUUCAAUGCCGCCUGGAAGAUCAUCAAGGGCUGGAUGAUGCCCGAGGCCGCAGCGCGAGUCAAGAUGGUCAACAAGGAGGAGAUCAAGGAUUACAUUGACCCCAAGGAGCUCCCAGUCCACAUGGGUGGAACGGACACUUACGAGUACAGCUACGUCCCAGGAAAGCCGCUCGGAGAGCGAGUCGCUUGUUGAGUGAGGCCCAACAGCGUUCGCCUGUCCCACCGGAUGACUACUCCCGGUGGCUCGCCGGAUGCCGCGCACCAGAUUCGGCAGACACUGAGAGCUUGUUUUCGAGCUGCUCCUCUCGAGGGAUUUGACUCCAAAGACCUCCUUGCGGUACUCUGCUGAACAAAAAAAAAAGAGGGUGUGCUAUUUUUUGUUGAUAAAAACGACGACGAAAACCCAGUGUACAAAAAAGGUUGCCUUAGUGGAAAAUGGAGAGCUGCUGAACAUUGAAUGAAUGCUUUUUUUUUCAUAUUUUCAUUUUUUCUAAAUUUAGCAAUUCCGGCAUUACCUGGCGUUUCGUUUGUGGAAAAGCUUAUGUAUAACUAAAUAUAAAGAUCGCCUGCUUAAAUGGCAGGGCGAUGCUCCCUUUAAAAAAUCUAUAUUUGGACCGUGUGUACCUUCUACCAAACUGAAGUGCAACCUUUUUUUUUUUUUUUUUUGUACUCAACUUCUUUUCCAAUAAGGGUUAUUUGCGGUGUCUACUGUCUUUGAUGGGAUCAGCGACAAGAAAUGUCAGUGAUCAAGUUUGUCCUUUUGUUCUCUACUUUCCUUACAUUUCAUGAAAUAUCUGAACAAGUCACCCUGGAGCACUAGACGUGCUAUGCUCAACGCUGUGAUAUCGAGUGUGGACUACCAUCGCAAAAAAAAAAAAAAAAAAAAAACUAGUUCUCUUUUUCCUGCGAGCGUCUGUAACACGCAUCUCAUACGUACUGAUGAUUGUUAUGUCGUGAAUGACGUUUACCACAAAAAACACAACUGAUAUUAAAAAAUAUCUUUUUAACGUCCUAAAAGUAUGUUUUCUUAUUAAAGUAGUAAAAAACGCAUUGCUCAUAAGUUCUAACAAAGACAGCAUGUACAGUCUCGUCAGUUAUAUUGGGUCCAGGCGACGUCGAAUUAAAGUGAUUUGUGUGAUCUUAUUAGAAGCGACAUAAUUAGUUUACACUUUUCCCCCAAUUUGCUGGACUAGCACGUUGUCUAAAAGGCCAAAUUUGCACUUCAGUUUUCUUCCGGAAGGAAAAUUGUUCAGACAUUCCUUCAUUAGAGCACUUUUCCUUAUCCGCACAUUAGUCAAGGACACUGCUGCUUUGCGAUUAGGCAUUUUAACGGAUAUGCAAAGGUUCGUCAUGCGGAAAUAGGCGGCAGUGUGCCUUGCAGUUUUCAUGAAUUGUGAAUGUGUACAAAGACGUAUUUUUAUACCAGAAAAUAAAAUCUGUUAUUA